AUUCAUUUAAAAAUCACCAACACACACAUAGAUAUAUCUACAUAGGUGUUGUAAUGUAUGCCUUUAUCCAAAUACUUUGGCGCAGCCUACGCAAUAAUAAUUCCUUUUAUAAAGCACAAUGCAUAUGGAAAAUAUUUCCAUAUAGGAAGACGUGAUAUCCUAGUAACUGUUAUAUAUAUUUUUAAAGAAUAUUUGUAAUUAUUACAACUGAUCGUAGUACUAACGUGAGUUCACUUGGUGAAAAAAAAAAUCAAAAUAUUUGUGUAUUCUGAUUCUUCAUUUGAAUAAUAGACAAAUCUCAAUAUUAAAAUCCAAGGAGAGAAUAUGGAAGGUGCAGCACGUCAUGCUCAAAGAUUAGCUGGAAAUUUUCUUGAAGAUAUGGAAGCAAUACAAAAAGCUUCUCGUGAAAGAGAUAGACGGGCGAUGAGUCAUUUUGAAACUAAUUCUGUGAGUUCAAAUAACAUUUAUCCACCGCCAAUGGAUUGGGUACCAAGACGUCGAAGUUUAAGCGGAACACCAUUUAGAACUAGCUGUUAUCCAAUGAUUUAUUAUUCUUCAACACAACUUCCCAGAAGAAGAUCACUUUGUGUUCCACGGCGUCGUUAUUCAUUUUCCACUCAGCGAAAUGCCUAUACUGAACCUAAUAAAGUCACUUUGGUUGGUAAAUCCAUGUCCAACUAUUCUCGUCCAUAUUUUGUGUUUAACAGUGCAGGCAGUAGUUUAUACCAAACUCCAGAAUCAAACGGUUAUUAUCGACCUCAUUUGAGACCAACGAUCUGGCGUGAUUAUGAAGUCAACAGGCCUAUGAACAAUGAAAUUUUACCAACAUCAUACUUACAUGCUAGUUCACCGCCAAAACAACAUAUUUUAUCUCCGAAAGCUAAGGUCUAUCUGAAGUAUCGUUCUCUUCAAAAUUUAAGUAAUCUAUACGAUGGUGCAGAUGAUGAGAACGGUAUGCCACGUGUAAUCCAUACAUCAUAUAGCCGUAAUUUUCCACUGCAUACUAGUCGUUUGGGUUCAGUGCCACCGUCAGCAGUUGGGACGUAUCGUUCAACAAUAACUAGUACAGAUUAUGGAUUGCCACCUGUUGUACAUCGAAAUUACAGAACGAAUCGGUAUAUUUAUGAAACACCAUAUUAUACAUCAACAUAUAGUAAUAUUGAACCUAUAAGAACUACUUAUACAAGUAUUGGACCAAGACGAUAUACAUAUUAUUAUCCAUCAAUUGUUACUACAAGACCAUUGUCGAGUUCAGGUUCGUAUAGUAACUUGUCUAGUGAUAUGCAAGCUGAGCGUAGACGAAUUGAACGUCGUAUGGACGAUUUACUGGAAUACAAAUUGCCCUCACCUGAAUACUACAGGGAAAUGAGGGGAUCCCUACGUGCAUUGAAUGACAAAUUAGAUGUUCAUCGGAAAAUGCUUGAUCGUUACUCCGGAAUUGAUAUGAACGCUACAACUGCAUCAGUACAAGAUCGAAUUGAAUCAAAAUAUCAACAACUUGCAAGCAGAAUGGGCCGUCGAACCACGGCUAUGGGAAGGGAUUAGUGUAUCCUGAAGGUAGUCAGACUUCUGAACUAAGGGGAAGAAUUAAACGUCUUUUGUGUCGUUCCCGACGUGAUCCUCAUUAUUAUCGUUAUCUACCAACAGGAGUCGUAUAAAUACUUCAAUUAGACUAUAAUGAAUCCAUAUACUUGGUGUUUGAAGUGAUUAUAAUUAUUAUUAAACUUAUGUUAUAUUAUACCGCAUGCUUAUUCAAAUUGAUAAUCCCUUGAUUUUGUUCAUGUUUUUAUUACUUUCUCAGUUGAACUCCUAUUUUGCUUUUUCUAAUCUAUAUUAUUCUUGUUAUGAUAUUUCCUAGUUAAUAAUUUAAUGAAGAAGAACAGUUUCAGCAUUUUCUGCAACACACAUGUUUAUUCCCAAGUAUAUAUAUAUAUAUAUAU